AUGGCGAACACAAACCACGUCAACCGCAUCACAUUGUUCAAGAUUCCCAAUGAAGAAGACCGACAGAAGCUGCUGGAACUCUAUAGAGGUAUGCCCCUGAAGGCCGUCAAGGACGGACAACCUUACCUUCUGGGGGUGAAGGCGGGUACUGCCUUCAAAGAUCAGAGAGCACAAGGUUAUACUGUGGCCGUACAGUCAACCUUUGCAUCGGUGGACGACAUGGCGUACUAUGACAACGAAUGUGCUGCACACGCCGAGCUGAAGGCUUUUGCCAAGUCCGUGAACCAAGGAGCAAUGAUGAUUUACUUCCAAGACGAGCUGAAAUAG